UUCCCCCCCUUUCAGCUUUGCCCCCCUCUGACUUGAAGGGACUCUGUGUGACGCGACUGAAGCAAAGGGGGCCACACUAGAGCCUCGCAGGCGCAGCGGUGCGGGACAGUUCAGAAGCGCAGAGAGGAGAGGCGCACUGCGGGGAGACAGACGGAGCGCACCCGUCAACCAGCUGGAGGAACCCUACUUUAAAACCCCUUAUGGCUGCUUGAGACACACCAAUACACCCCCCCUCCCCCUUUUCUCUCUUUCUCUUGGACUCCUUUGGACUUCUACUUUUUUUUGGUCCUGACCAGAAGUUGUUGCAAGUCUAAUUAAGUCGCUCCUAGUUGAGAAGUGAAUCCACUUGCAGUGGACGGCGCAGGCGGCCAUGGAUACCCAUAUAAGAUGGAAAGAUAAACGGAGAAUAAGGGACACCCCGAUUACUUUAGCGGUGAUUCUGCUUUUUGUCACGUCGUUUGCAGAUUCAGCGGAACCAGCAGACCUCUUGAAGAUUUUAGAUUUUCACAAUUUACCCGAGGGUGUUACAAAAACGACGGGUUUCUGCUCACAUAGGAGGUCAACACAAGGGCCCGAUGUGGCGUACAGAGUAACCAAAGACGCCCAGCUCACCGCCCCCACCAAACAGCUUUACCCAGGUGAUGCUUUCCCUGAGGAUUUCUCCAUCUUGGCCACAGUAAAGCCCAACAAGGGCAGCCAGUCCUUCCUGCUGUCCGUAUACAAUGAACAGGGCAUCCAGCAGCUCGGACUGGAAGUAGGACGAUCCCCUGUAUUCCUCUACGAGGACCAUACUGGUAAACCCAGCCCUGAGGACUACCCGCUUUUCAGAGGAGUCAACCUGGCCGACGGAAAGUGGCAUCGAGUGGCCAUCAGUGUGCACAAGCAGACCAUCACCCUCUUUCUGGACUGUAAAAAGAAGACCACCCAGAAGCUGCUCCGAAGCCCCAACCCCAUCAUUGAUACCAAAGGAAUUAUAGUGUUUGGAACUAGAAUACUUGAUGAAGAAGUCUUUGAGGGAGACAUCCAGCAGCUAAUGAUUGUAGCAGACCACCGGGCUGCAUAUGACUACUGUGAGCACUACAGCCCCGACUGUGAGGUGCCGGUACCCGACCGACCACAAAACCAGGACCCCAAUACGGAUGAGGAUGUUGUAGAGGAGGACAACUACUACUAUGAAUACCCUUAUUAUGAUGACAUUGAAUCCAACCCUAACUCGAAGGUCUACGACUCAUAUUCCGACACAGAGACGACAAACAAAGAAGUCAAGGAGACCGUCGGCAGCGUGGUUUCCACGGUUGAGGAAGUUGUUAGGCAGGCUGGUGGCUCUGCGUCUGUUUCCACCAGCUCAUCAUCAUCCAGCUCAUCGUCAUCCAGCUCGUCUUCCAGCAGCUCGGCCACUGGCACCGGAGGGGAUGACUCCUACGACUACUACCCCUACGGCGACACCAACUACGACUAUGGCGAGUCGACCCCCGCACCCGACGGCGACACCACUAAGCGUGUCACCAUCACCAGCAUUGGCUCCGGGGGUGAGGUGGAUCUGGGAGCAGGGGGAAGGAUUGAUCUGGAAGCUGGGGCUGGAGUGGACAGGAAGGUUAUCACUACCGGUGGUGGAUCGACAAUAACAAUCUCUCGCAACUCAACAUCAGGUGGAACAUCAUCUUACAGCGACUAUGAUGAUGGCUACGAUUACAACUACUACACUACUGAAGAUGGUGGAGGCAGUAGCAGUUCUGUUGUACUCGGUGGUGGUGGAGGAGGAGGAGGCAGCAGUACUGUUUUAGUCAGUGGUGGUGGAGGAGGAGGAAGCAGCAGCAGUAGUACAGUUGUAGCUGGCGGAGGUGGCGGCGGCAGCAGCAGUACUGUUGUAGUUGGUGGUGGCGGGAGCAGCAGCAGCAGUACCGUUGUAGUUGGUGGUGGCGGCGGCAGCAGCAGUACCAUUGUAGUUGGUGAAGGCGGCGGCAGCAGCAGUACCGUUGUAGUUGGCGGUGGUGGAGGCAGCAGCAGCAGCAGCUCUACCAUCACUAUUGGAGGUGGAUCUACUGGAGGAGGGUCUGUUGGCGGCGGUUCUGUAACCGUUGGAGGAUCUUCGACUUCUGGAGGGAGCUCAGCCUCUGCUGGCGCUGCAGCCGGUGGGGGAACUGAGGACGACCUUACCAUCGAUGGAGCUGAUGACUACACAGAAAAGUUCAAGGAGGACCUCUUGAACUAUGAUCCAGCAGACUAUGAUUUAUAUGAAGAAUACGGAGGCAAAGAGCUGCCUGCAGAGACUGAUUAUUUUGGACAGGUUGACGGCGCCCGCGGCGAGAAAGGACAGAAGGGAGAGCCUGCUGUUAUUGAGCCUGGUAUGCUAAUGGAGGGUCCGCCUGGGCCUGAGGGGCCAACGGGUCUCCCUGGACCCCCAGGAUCCUCUGGUCCACCCGGCAGUCCUGGAGAUCCUGGAGAGAGGGGUCUUCCAGGUCGACCUGGUCUCCCUGGAGCUGAUGGUCUGCCAGGACCCCCAGGAACUGUCCUGAUGCUGCCUUUCAGAUUGAGCGCCGGAGGGGACUCUGGGCAGAAGGGACCAGCUGUUUCAGCACAGGAGGCCCAGAUGCAAGCCAUCAUGCAGCAGGCCAGGCUGGCUAUGCGUGGCCCAACUGGUCCGAUGGGUUUGACUGGCCGACCUGGCCCUCUGGGUCCACCAGGUGCACCAGGACUCAAGGGAGAAUCUGGAGAAGCAGGACCUCAGGGGCCACGUGGACCAAUGGGCUCAAGUGGACCCCCUGGAAAGCCUGGCAGAAGGGGUCGUUCUGGAGCAGAUGGUGCCAGAGGAAUGCCAGGACAGACUGGACCUAAGGGCGACAGGGGUUUUGAUGGCCUAGCUGGGCUUCCUGGUGAAAAAGGACACAGAGGAGAACCCGGCCCCUCAGGACCUCCUGGUGCUCCUGGCGAAGAUGGAGAGAGGGGGGAUGAUGGAGAGAUCGGACCCAGGGGACUUCCUGGUGAACCAGGACCUCGUGGUUUACUGGGGCCAAAAGGACCUCAGGGACCUCCUGGACCACCUGGAGUUACUGGAGCGGAUGGCCACCCCGGACCCAAAGGAAAUAUUGGACCUCAGGGAGAGCCAGGCCCUCCUGGACAGCAAGGCAACCCCGGUGCUCAGGGACUCGCAGGGCCACAAGGACCAAUCGGACCUCCAGGAGAGAAGGGUCCAACUGGAAAGCCUGGAUUGCCAGGAGUGCCUGGAGCUGAUGGACCUCCGGGUCACCCUGGAAAAGAGGGUCCUACUGGGGAGAAAGGCCACAUGGGCCCUGCCGGUCCUCAAGGCCCCAUCGGUUAUCCUGGGCCCCGAGGAGUUAAGGGAGCUGAUGGCGUCCGUGGCCUCAAGGGAACUAAGGGUGAAAAGGGGGAGGACGGCUUCCCUGGCUUCAAGGGAGAUAUGGGCAUAAAAGGUGACAGGGGGGAACUUGGACCAGCUGGACCCAGAGGAGAAGACGGCCCUGAGGGGCCAAAGGGGCGCUCAGGGCUCCCUGGAGACGCUGGUCCGCUCGGCCCCACUGGUGAAAAGGGUAAACUUGGAGUUCCCGGAUUACCAGGCUACCCAGGAAGACAAGGACCAAAGGGAUCUCAGGGUUUCCAAGGCUUCCCCGGCGCCAACGGAGAGAAGGGCUCUCGGGGAACAGGAGGAAAGCCAGGCCCACGUGGACAGAGAGGACCAACGGGGCCGAGAGGAGAGAGAGGCCCGAGAGGACCCACGGGGAAAGCUGGACCAAAAGGUAACUCAGGAAAUGAUGGCCCACCAGGACCCCCUGGAGAGAGGGGUUUGCCAGGGCCUCAGGGACCAACAGGUUUUCCAGGACCAAAAGGCCCUCCUGGACCUCCAGGGAAAGAUGGACUGCCUGGACAUCCUGGACAGAGAGGAGAAACUGGUUUCCAAGGCAAAACUGGCCCUCCUGGUCCUCCAGGUGUGGUUGGACCUCAGGGACCAACAGGUGAAACCGGGCCUAGGGGAGAUCGGGGUCAUCCAGGUCCUCCAGGACCACCUGGUGAGCACGGUCUACCUGGAGCUGCUGGAAAAGAAGGGGCUAAGGGUGACCCUGGUCCUGCAGGCCCAACUGGUAAGGACGGUCCUCCUGGGCAAAGAGGUUUCCCUGGAGAGAGAGGUCUGCCAGGCCCUGUGGGGGCUCAUGGUCUGAAAGGGAAUGAGGGUCCCCAAGGCCCACCAGGCCCUGCUGGUUCUCCUGGUGAGCGGGGUCCCGCUGGCCCGGCUGGACCAACAGGUCCGCCUGGGCGUUCUGGCCCACAAGGACCCCCAGGCCCUGCUGGAGAAAAAGGUGGACCGGGAGAAAAAGGACCUCAGGGACCAGCUGGAAGAGAUGGUAUUCAAGGACCUGUGGGUCUACCAGGACCUGGAGGACCCCCAGGACCCCCCGGAGAGGAUGGAGAUAAGGGAGAACUUGGAGAACCUGGACAGAAAGGAAGUAAAGGAGAUAAAGGAGAACAUGGUCCUCCAGGUCCUACAGGCCCUCAGGGCCCUGUCGGUGCACCAGGUCCUGCUGGUGCUGAUGGAGAGCCAGGUCCAAGAGGUCCACAGGGCAUGUUUGGCCAAAAAGGAGAUGAGGGAUCAAGAGGUUUCCCAGGACCACCAGGCCCAGUCGGGCUGCAGGGUUUGCCUGGUCCACCUGGUGAGAAAGGUGAAACUGGAGACGUCGGUCAAAUGGGACCACCUGGUCCUCCUGGUCCCAGAGGUCCCUCCGGUCCCCCAGGAGCUGACGGUUCUCAGGGGCCCCCUGGUGGUGUUGGAAACCCUGGUGCUGUUGGUGAAAAGGGAGAUGCUGGUGAGACAGGAGAGCCUGGUCUUCAGGGAGAAGUUGGUCCACCAGGUCCAAGGGGAGAGCGUGGAGAGAAGGGAGAGGCUGGACGUGCUGGUGCUGCAGGACCUCCUGGCCCUAAAGGUCCACCUGGAGAUGACGGCCCUAAGGGCAGCCCUGUAGGUUAUUUGUUAAUGACUGAUAUUUGUUUAAAGGGGGAGCAAGGACUACCUGGUCCUACAGGCCCAGAUGGACCACCUGGACCUAUGGGCCCCCCUGGUUUACCUGGUUUGAAAGGAGACAGUGGUGUUAAAGGAGAGAAAGGUCAUCCAGGUCUCAUUGGUCUCAUUGGACCUCCAGGCGAACAAGGAGAAAAGGGUGACAGAGGUCUGCCUGGCCCUCCAGGAACUCCUGGUCCCAAAGGAGAUAAUGGUAUUGCUGGUCCUACAGGUCCUCUUGGUCCAGUUGGACCUCCCGGCUUACCUGGUCCUCCAGGUCCCAAAGGAGCCAAAGGAUCAUCUGGCCAAACAGGUCCAAAAGGAGAAACUGGAACCCCGGGUCCUCCUGGCCCUCCUGGUCCUCCUGGUGACGUCAUCCACCCACUCCCCAUUCAAACUUCCAUGAAGGGGAGAACACGUAGGAACAUCGACGCUAGCCAGAUGAUGGACGACGCCGCCAUGGACGCCAACUACAAAGACUACGAUGAUGGCAUGGAGGAGAUCUUUGGGUCACUGAACUCUCUGAAGUUGGAGAUCGAGCAGAUGAAGCAUCCGCUGGGCACACAGAACAACCCAGCUCGUACCUGCAAGGACCUCCAGCUGUGCCACCCUGAUUUCCCUGAUGGUGAAUACUGGAUUGAUCCGAACCAGGGCUGCUCGCGGGACUCCUUCAAGGUCUACUGCAACUUCACAGCGGGUGGAGAGAGUUGUAUUUUCCCGGAUAAAAAGUCUGAAGGGAGCAAAAUGGCAAAAUGGCCCAAAGACUCGCCAGGCACUUGGUAUAGUCGUUACAAGAGAGGUUCGCUGCUCUCUUACGUGGAUGCUGAGGGAAAUCCCAUCGGUGUGGUCCAGAUGACCUUCCUGCGCCUCCUGAGCGCCGCAGCCCGGCAGAACAUGACGUACAACUGCUACCACUCCGUGGCGUGGCACGACCAGCAGCAGGACAACUAUGACAAGGCCAUCCGCUUCCUGGGAUCCAACGACGAGGAGAUGUCGUAUGACAACAACCCCUACAUCCGCGCUGUGGUGGAUGGAUGUGCGCUGAAAAAGAGCUACGAAAAGACUGUACUUGAGAUCAACACUCCGAAGGUGGAGCAGGUACCUUUUGUGGACAUCAUGUUUAACGAUUUCGGCGGUUCCACACAGAAGUUUGGAUUUGAAGUGGGGCCCGUCUGUUUCAUCGGCUGAGACCUUUCACCAAGCAAAUGGAGGACAAAAAAAAAAAAAACACAACCUACUUUUGUUUUUCAAAACGAAGAUAAACAAUUUAAAAAGUAAUAGGACAAUGCUAUUUGUAAAAAAAACUGUUUCCAUAAAGCAACAAGAGUUCAAACAUAAUUAUGACAGGAUUACAGCGAAAAAUCUAAAGGAAUUGAGAAAAUAACCUUGAAACCCCACUGUGCCUUCUUUAUCAUGUGCAAGUUUUGAAACUGGAGUCUGCCUCCUUCCUCCUACACACAAACUAAUGGCCCACCCCCAUUCUUCACGUUUGAUUUUGAUCCUUUGGUCUGAAAGAAACAACGAAGGCGACCCUGAGAGCUGCAACCGUUCCAGAUGGUAGCAGUAUUUACCACGGACAAAUUCUGAUUCGUUUUUUUAUCAUGCUCCCCACCCAUCCCUCCUGGCUCUCCUUUAUCUCCCUGCCUUUUUCCACCUCGCUGUUCUUGGUUUUGUUUUCUUGUUUGUGCAUAAUUGUCUCCCCAUUCUCUUUGGAAUGGGCCUUAUAUAUUUAUAUACAUAUAAAUAUAUAUAAGUGAUUUUUUUUUUCUUAUGUUUGUAAGUACAUUCUGUAUAUUUUUCCUGGUAAUGUUUAUUGCUUCUGGCUUCAAAACAUGCAUGUGACUGUACUAAUCAUGAGGUCGUCCAACAAGAAACGUCUUAAAUCUUAGAAACGCAUCCAACCCGAGGAUAUUUGAAUUGUUAAAUGAAAAAAAAAAACAACAAAAAUAAUAAUUUGGAAUUCUGUCUUUGUGGAGCACACUUUUAUUUUCUUUUGUAAUUUAAGAACAGAUCAGAAAUAAAAGAUGAAAACACGGUCUGUGAUAUAAAGUACAAUACAUUCCUCAUUUUGUACCUUUAUGAACAAAAGCCCUCUCUGGUGGAAGUGUAAUUAAGUUAAUAAACUGCUUCUGUACUUUUUGCUGAAAUAUUCAUCUUACUGUGCAGUGGAAGGUAAUGAAAAAAAGAAAAAAAAUCAAAACCUAGGUGCUAUUUUCUCUCCUCUGUGGUGCUAUGUAUUUUUUUUUUUUCUGGUUUGUGUUGUUUGAAUAAAAGAAAAAAACUUGUGGCGACAAUACUUGCAACGCUGGGCAGCGCCCCCUCCCUCCCCCCCUGCUGACUCGGUUUACGAGAUGGAUCUCUGCUGCAGCCGCUUCCCUCCGUUAAGGAUUCUGAAUGGCAUUUCUCGGUGUCGCCACCCACUCAAUGGAAUGCACAGAUCAGAUUAGUCUACCUGUGACAGAUGUUAGAAAGACAAGAGGGAAAGAUCUUGAAAAAAAUCCAUAUCGCCCCCCCCAACACAUUGGGCUGGUGGAGUUGGCAAAAUGGACAUGUUGCAACAGCUCUAAAGGGAUAUAUUGCACCCUGACCAAAUAAAUAUUUAGCUUUAAGAAACUUUUAUGUUUGAGAAACAACUUGAAUAAGUCACCAAAUUAGCCUUUCUAGUAAAUGUUGCUCAUGCAGGGAUGGUUUUCCUCAUGUCAUAAUGCUUUUUUUUUUUAACUAUGCACUCUCUAUGCUUAUGACCACUAGUAUCUACCACAGAAGUUUUACAGCUUUUUAUACAUAGGUUUGUUUUAUUUUCCGUUUUAUUUUAUUUUUUUUUUAAAUCUAUAUGUGACUUGAAGCCUUUCCUUUAGGACGACUCAGUAUGCUUGUAGAUCUUUGGCUCUAUUCUUCAUGGUGCGGCAGCACAUCUACAUUAAUCACUUUGCUCUCAAUGAACCGGAGAAAAAAUUUAAGAAAAAAAAAA